GACGUGUGAACGUACGAGAGAGAAGGCGGCGUUAAGUGGUUCCGAUUCUGUCACGCUUAAAGUUAAUUAGCGGAGCGCGCUAAUGCUAAUAUAAGGCGGGCCGCGACUUCGGCGCGUUCAAUCGAAGAAGCGGAAUCACCGCGCGCCACAGGAUGAAAGCUCCGUUGGCCGCGCUCGCCACGCUGGUGCUGCUCGCCUCGUCCGCAGGCGCCCUCAACCUCUUUCAGUACAACACGGAGGUCGUCAAGGGAGCUUCCUGCAGUACGGAGAACAAGCCUUUGGGACCUUUUUUUAUCCCGGAUAACCAGUGCUCAGGUGUCCUGUAUAAUCUAACGCAGCACUGCGAGCGGCUGGAGCUGGUCAAGGUGAGCGUGACCGACUACGCGCACGUCAAGGUCACCAUCGACGACUCGCUAAGCUCGGUGAGCAUCGAGCGCUCGCCGAACCUAGUGAGCACGUGCCCCGGGCGCGCCGCGGUGCGCGCGGUGCUGGGCUGUGGCCUGCACUCCUCUGACGAGGCACCACUAGCCGGCCACGACAGUGUUUUGCCGCCCAUGUAGCGCUACGGUCUCGGAACGUAUCAUAAUUUCGUUCGCCAAUAAAAUGUUAUAAAAACCCUGUCAGUUGUUUGGUUAUUAAA